CGAGGGACAGGUAUAGGGAGAGGAGAGUGUGAGGGGGGUUUUGCAGGGAAUUUGAGUUUUAUCGAUCGAUCGCUCGAUCGCUCGCUCGCUCGCUCGAUUGAGGGUUUACCUGAGAGAGAUGAAGCUACGGUACGCAAUGGUGUGCUCCUCGAAUCAGAAUCGGAGUAUGGAGGCGCACGCGCUGCUCAAAAGGGAAGGCUUCGACGUGUGCUCGUACGGCACCGGCCAACACGUUAAGCUGCCUGGCCCCUCCCUCAGAGAACCCAACGUCUACGACUUCGGUACCCCCUACAAACACAUGCUCGACGACCUCCGCCGAAAGGAUUCCGAAUUGUAUCGAAGGAAUGGAAUAUUGCCGAUGCUCAGGAGGAAUGUGGCGGUCAAAACAGCCCCUCAACGUUGGCAAGAAAAUGCAUCAGAUGGUACAUUCGAUGUGGUGCUUACGUUUGAAGAAAAAGUGUUCGACAUGGUUGUUGAAGAUCUACACAAUAGGAAUCAUGUACUUGUGAAGCCGGUCCUGAUUAUCAAUUUGGAAGUGAAGGACAACCACGAAGAGGCGGCUAUUGGAGGCCGUCUUGCAUUACUACUAUGCCAAGAGCUCGACAACAUUGAAAAUUGGGAGGAAUGCGUGGACGAUGUCAUCAUAAACUUCGAGAGGCAGCAUCACAGGAAGCUCGUCUACAACAUCUCUUACUAUUGACGAAUACCCUCAUCAGGUCACCGCAUUAUCCUUGUUUAAAUACGACUAAAGAGCUCUAAAUUGAUUUACUUGUAGCAUUAACAAGUGUUUCUUAGGGGUGUUUUGGUGAAAAUGAGGCUUUGUUUGAUUCUAAGUAUGUGAUCCGAUCUGGGGUUUUGUUUUCGAAAAGAAAAGAUUGUGAAUCCUCCUCGGAAAUAUUCGAAUAUCCUUUGUUUA